AUGGGGCAGCUGAACCGGGAUGACAAGCCAGAUGAGUUUGCUGCUAAGUAUACUCCAAGAACUUCCUCUUUACUGAUCCUGCCCAAGUCAGCCACCAAUCACUCCUUUCAGCACCUCUACUUUGUCCUGACUGGAAUCCCUGGACUAGAAAAAGAGUAUUAUUGGAUGGCACUCCCACUGGGUUUCAUCUAUGCUAUUGCCAUCUUAGGCAAUGGUAUCAUCAUCUCUACCAUCAAAUCUGAAGCAUCCCUGCACAUCCCCAUGUACUACUUUCUGUGCACGCUGGCACUUGCAGACCUGGGCUUGGCUCUCUGCACUUUACCAUCCAUGCUCGGAAUCUUCUGGUUUGAUUAUAAAGUUAUUGUCUUUGAUGCUUGCCUGGUCCAGAUGUACUUCAUUCACACUUUUUCAGUCAUCAAGUCUGGAGUGCUGGUGGCCAUGGCCUUUGACCGAGUUGUAGCUAUACAGAAUCCGUUAAGAUAUGGCACUAUCCUUACCAGUGGGGAGAUUGCUGCUGAGUAUGCUCCAAGAACUUCCUCUUUACUGACCCUGCCCAAGUCAGCCACCAAUCACUCCUUCUUUCAGCACCUCCACUUUGUCCUGACUGGAAUCCCUGGACUAGAAAAAGAGUAUUAUUGGAUGGCACUCCCACUGGGUUUCAUCUAUGCUAUUGCCAUCUUAGGCAAUGGUAUCAUCAUCUCUACCAUCAAAUCUGAAGCAUCCCUUCACAUCCCCAUGUACUACUUCCUGUGCAUGUUGGCACUUGCAGACCUGGGCUUGGCUCUCUGCACUUUGCCUUCCAUGUUAGGAAUCUUCUGGUUUGAUUAUAAAGUUAUUGCCUUUGAUGCUUGCCUGGUCCAGAUGUACUUCAUUCACACUUUUUCAGCCAUUGAGUCUGGAGUGCUGGUGGCCAUGGCCUUUGACCGAGUUGUAGCUAUACGGAACCCGUUAAGGUAUGGCACCAUCCUUACCAGUGGGGUAGUUUGUAGAAUAGGGGCAGCCAUCCUUACAAGGGCAGUCUGUGUGGUCUUUCCUGUACCCUUUCUAAUCAAGCGACUCCCUUUCUACCGUUCCAAUAUCCUGUCCCAUUCCUUUUGUCUCCACCAGGAUAUCAUGCGCCUUGCCUGUGCCAGCACCCGGGUCAAUAGCCUUUAUGGUCUUAUUGCUGUUAUUUUCACUAAAGGUUCAGAUUCACUCUCUAUCCUCCUUUCCUAUGCAUUUAUCCUAAGCACAGUAUUGUCUAUUGCCUCUGGAGAGGGUCGACUAAAAGCACUCAACACUUGUGUUUCCCAUAUCUGUGCUGUGCUUAUCUUCUAUGUGCCACUCAUUGGUGUUUCUGUUAUUCAUCGCUUUGGGAAGCAUCUAUCUCCUCUAACUCAUGCCCUUAUGGCCAAUGCCUACCUCCUUGUUCCUCCUGUGUUAAACCCCAUAGUUUAUACUGUAAAGACCAAAGAGAUCAGAAGGAAGAUUAUCCAAAAAGUAAAAGAAACCCAACACCCUCAUUGUUGA